GCAGAGGUUUCUUUGCUAUUGCUAACAUUGUGAAAACUGAAAGAAGCGUGGACAUAGGCAUUGGGAUAAACAAUAGUGAGAUAUAUCACAUGUUAAGAUAUUUAAUCACCACCAGAAGUUUGAGAGAAUACCUGCAAUAAAUCCCAAAUGACGCAUUGGUCAUCUAUCUAAAUUAGUUCAACGUUUCUCUAGCAGAUAAUCUACUACAGUCCAUUCAAGACUAAUACUGUACUCCUUAACGGGCUGAUGAUCUAGCCUAACCCAGCUAUAGCUAACCACGUUAUUUACCGGUAAACAACCUGCAAAGACUGUCAUUUGUUUUUAAUAUUAAUGUUGCUAUCCACACCUUGGAGAUUGUGGAGGAGCGCUAUUUCCACGCUCAAGUCACUAAGCAGACCGGCUCCAGUGAGGCACCUGUCUAUUCCUACCGAUGCGGUGUGCGAUGCUGACACCAUCUUUGCUCUGUCGUCAGGCCACGGCAGGUGUGGUGUGGCCGUGGUCCGUGUCAGUGGUCCUGCCUCCUCCAUGGUCUUGAGGAACAUGACUGGUCUGACCCAGACUCUACCCCCUCCUCGUACUGCUCUGUUGCGGAGGAUUACUGAUCCCCACACCAAAGAGUUGCUGGACCGUGGCCUGGUUCUCUGGUUCCCAGGUCCACACAGCUUCACAGGAGAAGACAGUGCAGAGUUCCAUGUCCACGGAGGUCCUGCGGUCAUCACAGCUGUCCUUCAAGGCCUAGGAAGUCUGAAGGGUGUAAGGCCUGCAGAGGCUGGUGAGUUCACACGGAGGGCUUUCCACGCCGGGAAGCUGGGCCUGACGGAGGUAGAGGGCUUAGGGGACCUGAUCCAUGCUGAGACUGAGGCUCAGAGGAGGCAGGCCCUCAGGCAGAUGGAUGGGGAGCUGGGGCACCUCUACCAGGACUGGAGCUCUAGACUCAAACGGUGUUUAGCUCACGUGGAAGCCUUUAUAGACUUCAGUGAAGAUGAGCUCAUCGAGGACGGGGUGUUAAAUCAAGUGGACAGUUCAGUGCACCGGCUGCAGACAGAAAUCGAGAGACACCUGGGGGACGAAAGGAGAGGAGAGAGGCUACGCAACGGAGUGCAGGUGGUCAUAGCAGGCGCUACCAACGCUGGGAAAAGCAGCCUACUCAACACACUCUGCCAGCGUCCGGCAGCCAUUGUGUCCCCUAUUCCAGGGACAACCAGAGAUGUGGUGGAGGCCUCUCUGGACAUUGGUGGGUUCCCUGUCCUCCUGAGUGACACUGCAGGGCUCAGAGAUGGUCUAGACAGUGUGGAGAGAGAAGGGGUCCGCCGAGCCCGCCAGAGGGUGGAGCAGGCUGACCUGACCCUAGUUGUAGUGGAUUCUACACAGCUCCCCACAGAGCCCAAGCAGGCACCAACUUUCCUCCAGGGGUACCUCAGCAUUGUGCUACCCCAACCCAGCGGGGGGAACCCGGAGGAGGGCAGGGAGGCUACCUCAGACAGGGUCCUGCUGGUGCUCAAUAAGAGCGACCUGGUACCUGAGGCGCAGAAGGAGAGGACUGAGAGGGAGCUCAGAGAGAGCCUGGGUCUCCCUCCUGCAUGUUUUCUGUCCUGCCACACCACCACUGGACUGGGGGAUUUCCUCGCUGUGCUGCAGAGCAGGGUCAAGACUCUGUGCGGCAACCCUCUGAGCGGCGCCCCGAGUCUGACUCAGGCCCGCCACAGAGCCCACCUCCAGCAGAGCGUUCAGGCCCUGAGCCAGUACCACCAGUACAGAAACCACGACUUGGCCCUGGCCGCCGAGGGGGUCCGCCUCGCCCUAACCCACAUCGGACGUAUCACAGGACGGGUCGGGGCCGAGGAAAUACUGGACAUCGUAUUCAGAGACUUCUGUAUCGGCAAAUGAACGGUUAAACGUGUGUGCUUCAAACAAAUCUAAUUGAGAACUUGACACAUGGAAAGACUCAAAAUACAAUUUGAGCAAUCCCACAGAUAUGCAACUAUUGUCCAUUUAAUUGUCCUGAUGCUUUUUUUUAUUAUGAAAUGGUGCAUUUCAACUCAAGCCAAGUGGGACACAAAGACGUGUGAACAACAGAUCAGCAGUGACUGUUGAGCCGUCGACGUCACUGUGUUGUGCGGCCCAUAGUUUGGCAGGUGAUCAUCUCCCUGCCUUUUGUUCCCCUGUCAAUCUGGCCUUGGUUAAAUAUUUAUGUUUCCUUGUUGAACUCCUCACCCGUCUUCCCCAGUUGACACCUUCUCACCCAGCCCUCUGACGACAUGGCCCGCGUUCUGUUUCAUGGCCCUCCCCCUGCUGGGUCCAGUCCUGUCCUACUGCUGAUUGUGCAGCGCAGUGGAGAACAGUGUGUAAUAAAACACAAUAGGCUCUGAAUGAGUAUCAGUGAAUUAGAGGAGUCUACACAUAAGGAUGGCAUUUGGCCCUAACUUUGAAAAAGAUCUUCUGUUAUUAUCCUUAGGCUUAGAAUUUUUGGAAAACACUUCCUUAUUUUUGUAGUGUUGGUACCUGGAAUUCAUUGAAUGUCAGAGAAUGUUUCUGAUAAGUGUUUAAUAGGGAAAUUAAAGAAUAACCAGUCAAUAUUGUAUUUUAACUUGAUUUAGAUCUAGAAGUACUUUGCUUUGUGUUUACCAGGAAAACUAGUUUUUUUUAAUUUUAUUUAAAAUUUUUAAUUUCUUUAUUUAUACAGAGGAAUCCGUCUGAGGUGUCUUACAGCUGAGCUCUGUGUACAACAAAUACAAAAUUACAGAUAACAAUUACAUUUAACAGCAACCUUUUCAUUUAUUAUCAAAGUGUUUUACAAGUGUAUGUUUUUGCGCAUGCAUGUUUGUGCAUCCAUGCAUAUAGCACUUUUUGUGAGGAGUGGAAUUGGGGGCUUUGGGGUUAACAUUUACACAUCCAGUGUGUUCCUACUCUGUUGACUCAGGGUAAGAAAGUGUGUGAGAAACCACAACCACUCAGGGCUUUAAACAAUGGAUUUCCUGAGAACACCUGUAGUUCUGUCAUCCAUCAUCACCAGACGGAGAAAGGAAACUGUCAUUACCAAACAGUCUAAACAGCAUGUACAGUAUGAACAAUCUAUUAUUCUCUUCCAGGACUGGCUUAGUGUUUUCAUGAUAUAGAUUCAAACAUGUGAACACCUGAUUAAACCGAUUUGGAAUUUG